CAAGCCCCGCACCUCUGUGAUCCUCGUGGACUCAGUUUGGACAGAUGGGGGGUGUUUAGUUAAUACAUUUCACCAUUCCAGAAAAUAUCCUAUGAGUGUUACUUUAUAAUUGUAGUUUUUAGAAUCAAAGCAGGAGGACAUGGAUGCCUGCUCGAUGAUAGGAGAAAGCACGGAUGCGAUUGUGAUGGAUGAAUCUCCUACAGAUGAAAGGGAAAUUCAGGAGGUUUGUCAAAGCGACAUCCCGGCGGUUUCCCUCUGCCCUCCUGACAGCCUGUGCACUGCCGAGGCCCAGUUGACAGUCAUCCAGUCUGAAGGGGAGCUACGUGACAGCUGCAGCAGCCUCGGCAGACCCUCCUCCUCCUGCCAACUUUAUCAUCAAGUCCCUCAGGGUCCUCAGUCUGGAGCCUAUGAUUCACCACUGCCCAGAAAAUGUCCCCAUUACAGCCAUCACAAACACAACACCUGCCACGACUGUCAUCCAACCUCCAAAGGUCCUCAUGCUGAAUGCUCUGCUGGAGGAGUGGUGGUCAAAGUGGGACAUAGCUGUAGUUCUGCCCAUCAGCCGUCAUGUCACGGUGCAGUGAGAUGCCACUGGCUUCACGGGUCAAAUGAAAGUGGGACACAGAAACGGGCCCAGCGGCAUGUGGUCACAGUAAGGGAUGGGGGACUGUACUGCAUCCUCAGAACUUAUUCUCAGGUGAUAGUGGAUUAUCCUUUAGCGGUGCUGGUGGGCUGUGCGGUCCUGCUCCUGGGAUGCUCUCUGGCCGGGCUCUUCAUCGGCCCCCUGCCUGACUUCUCCGACCCACUGCUGGGCUUCGAGCCACGGGGAACGUACAUUGGAGUUCGCCAGUCCAGCUUAUUCCAGCUUCAGGAGAACACUGGCCCAGGGAAAACUCUGUCUCUUGUGCCACAGCAGCUCAGUAAAAGUUUUGCUGGUGCUGUAAACAGAGACAACAGCGGUACACAGGACUUGUCCAGACAUCGCAUUAAGAGGAUGCUGGCCAGACACUCCUCCACAGACACCUUCCUUUGUGACGCUCCAGGAGCACGUCUGAGCCAGCUGGUGUUUCGUUCAGAAAACUCUGCCAGUCUCUGGAGCCUGAAGGCCAUCCACGCCAUGUGUGAGAUGGAGGAAUCCAGGAUCCGGUCCCAGGCCCAGUUCCAGGAUCUGUGCCAGCAGCCUGAUCGGGUGGAGGCUGACGAGAGGGCGCCAAGAAGUGGCUGCUGUCCUAGCUGGUCCCUGGGAAAUUACUUAGCCGUCCUCACUAAUGCCUCCUGCUGCCGCAGCCUCACUUCACAUCAGGUUUCUGAGUCUCUGAACCUACUCAGGAAAUGUGCUCCAUAUUAUCACGAGGGACAUCUAGUUGAAGCAUGUGCAGAACGACCCAAAUAUGGCAGCUGCUCUUCCGUCCCGUCUCGCUGCAAACAAUCCCGUGUGGUUUUCCAAAUCCUGCAUUUCCUGGUUGAUAAAGACUUCCUUGGCCCGCAGACUGUUGAAUACCAAAUCCCAACACUGAAAUACAGCCUUCUGUUCCUACCAGUGGACAAAGGAGAGCACAUGAUGGAGAUGUACAUGAACAGUCUCGAAGGGAGGGAUCUGACAUACAACAACACGACUAUUACCGGCAUGGACUUUGGUAUCAAGCAGACUUUAUUCAAAUAUUAUCUGGCAAGAGAUUCAGUUUACCCCGUCCUUGCUAUUGUUUCUCUUCUUUUCUCUAUGGCUCUUUAUCUUCAGUCUCCAUUCAUCGUAGCAUUGUCUGUAAUAGCGAUCGCAGGUUCCCUCCUUACCUCCUACUUCCUCUACAAAGUAGCUUUCCGCCUGACAUUUUUCCCCCUAGUUAAUCUCACUGCAGCUAUUAUUCUGCUGGGAAGCUGCUCCAAUCAGGUGUUCAUAUUUGCUGACUUCUGGAACCUGCAGCUCUCCCAGAAUCCCUCAGCUUCCCUGGAGAAGAGAGUAAACAGAAUUUUACAGGAAGUCGGUUAUUUAAUCUUAGCCGCAGGGUUAACUUCAAGCGCAGCAUUUUUCUCUGGUUAUCUCAGCAGCAUUACAGCAAUCAGAUGUUUUUCUGUUUACCUCGGAACUGCCUCUUUCAUCAGCUCCCUCUUGGCAUUAGUGUGGCUGCCGUGUUCUUUCAUUCUGCGUGAGCGUUACAUGGAGGCAUCUGUAGCAGUGCAAGGAUGGAAACCCUGCUGCUCCAAAAACACAGGUGGCUUCUGGGAGACGAGCUCUCGCAAGCGUUGUCUGUUCACUCUCGGGCAGAAGCUGAGAGAGUUAAAACGAGGUUUGACUGACACCUCAAACUUAUUAUUUCUGAAAAUCCUCCCUUGUGGAGUGGUCAAGUUUAGAUACAUCUGGGUGUGUUGGUUUGCGGUACUUGCUGCUGGGGGCACUUACAUGUCCUGCAUUGACCCAGGCAUGAAGCUGCCGACCUUAGACAGCAGGGUCACCCAGCUGUUCCGCUCCAGUCACCCGUUUGAGAGGUACGACGCCGAGUAUCGUCAUAUGUUUAUGUUUGAAAGACAGAGAAAUGGAGAGGACAUGCCUGUUACCUUGAUGCUCGUUUGGGGCAUCAAACCGAUCGAUAACGGGGAUCACUUUGACCCAAGGAGCAAUAGUUCUCUGGUUCUUGAUCCAGAUUUUAACAUGAGCAGUCCAGACUCUCAGGUUUGGUUGAGGGACCUGUGUGGACGAGUUCAGAACCAAACUUUUUAUUCUCCUUCAUCACCUGAGGAUAAAGAUGGAAUGACAGAUAAUAUCUGUCUGAUAGAGCAGCUAGUGCACUGGGUAUCAGUUCGACGCUGCUCAGAGAGUGAUGACGCCCUUGAUUUUUGCUGUAAUAAUAUCCCUUUCCCCUACCCUCCCAGUGUGUUUGAGAACUGCCUCAGUAUGAUGCUGGCAGAGCGGUAUACUGAGGGCCAUCUGGCCCACAGUGGAGGUUUGUACUUCCAGCCAGAUGGUAGGGUCGCUGGCCUUGUGUUAGCAUUCAAAACCACAUACCUCUACAGCUUCAACUUCAGUAGGACCAGUGUCUUCUACAGAGAAAUACUGACAUGGUUCAACAGAGAAAUAUCAGGAGCACCAAAAGGGCUGGAGAAUGGCUGGUUCAUCAGUCAGCUGUCUCUUUUUGACCUCCAACAGUCUUUAAGUUCAGAGACUCUGGUUGUAGCUGCCUUUUCAGUGGCGCUCACAUUUGCUUUACUCCUCCUAACCACGUGGAAUAUUCCACUGAGCACAUAUGGAACUGUGGCUGUUGGAGGCAGUGUGUUUGUCACCAUCGGCCUUCUGGUUCUUCUCGAGUGGCAGCUGAGUGGAAUUGAGGCUCUGUUUAUAUCAUCAGCUGCAGGUCUGUCUGUUGACUUUAUUGCCAACUACUGCAUAUCCUACAGCUUGGCUCCUCAUUCAGACAAAAUAGGAAAAGUAGCACAUGCCACAAAAAGGAUGGGAUGUCCAGUCGCAAUUGUUUCCGGGGCAUUUUUCUGCAUGGGAAUCAUCAUGUUGCCUGCCACCGCCUUACUGUUUAGAAAGCUAGGUAUUUUUCUUUUUUUGGUCAAAUGUGUGGCGUGUGGAUUUGCAACCUUCUUCUUCCAAUCCCUGUGCUGUUUUUUUGGACCUCAGAAAAACUGUGGAAAGAUCUCUUUACCGUGUUUUUCAGACCAGAGUGACGGUGUGCUGUCCUCUUGCUCAGCAGCAGACCCAGGUUCCUCAUCUGGCUCAGCUGCUAAUGGGGCUUUUGACAGAUCGAGAGUGAGAAGGAGUUAUGACAAAGAUGGAGGAGGCUAUCUCUACCCAAACCACCAACGUCAGCAGAGACAAAUACAGACUGGAGCAGGAGGAGGAGGAAGCGGGGGCCGGGGGCCUGAGCAGUACGAGCUGCAGCCGUUGGCCUAUCGGUUAAGUGACAGCUUUGAGAAUAGCACCUGCACCAGUAAGCUGUCCAACAGGCCUUCGGUACUUUCUGAUGAGAUCGAAUACUGUGGGAGAGAGGCUGGGAGGGACAGCAUGGACCAGGGCAGUGAGGAGAUGUGCAGUCAUAAGAUCUAUCCGCCACCUCCAGCCCUCCAGACAUCAUCUCCUUACAAAGAAAAUACCCUGCGGCCUAUAAGUAUAGCACAAGAAGACCUAGAUAAAGAUAAGCUGUUAUGUAAAACCUGCAGAGGUCAAUCUGAUGGGUUGCAGCACUGGAGCAAUACAUCCUUUUCCUCGUCUUCCAGUAUUGAGGAGACCAUCAUCAGCCACACACUGGAGACCAUUGACCAGUCGUCUUUCUGCAAAGAGGACCUAACCUCAGUGCAGAGACUAAAACACCACCAUCAGUCCCACAAAGCGAACCUCUCUUCUCAGUCUCAGAGCUCUUAUGAAGGUCUCGAGGACUCCAAUGAAACAUGCCUGACUGUCAUAGAAGCAGGGCCUUCCACCUCACAACAAUAUGAAGAAGAGGAAGCACAAUUACAACCAGGACACUUAAAUGGAAAACGGGAUACACUCCGUCUCUCACUAAAAGAAACUGUUUAUGAGACUUGUAAUAAGGGCCGAACAAGUCAAAGUGAAGAAGUGGUGAUUUUACCCAAUAGUAAGCCAGAUUUACCAGAUGUUUGGAUAAAGAGACACGGACAACGGGAUGAUACAUGUUGAAAAAAAGUUGGAGCGGUCUUUAAACACUGUGCAUUAUUUGCUCCAACUUCCUGAUGAGCAAUCACUGUACUUAAACACACAAAAGGAGCUGUAUUCCUUUGGUAAACUAGGGGAAUAGAAGGGAAAUACAAGCCAACUGCAAAUGUAACAUGUGACAGCAUGUUUGUCUAUUGUUGCUGCUAAACUUGUUCUUUUAUACAGGAAUUAAAUGAAAGCAUGGAGUGUUUAGCGUAAUGUUAAAUCAAGACAUGUCCAUCUUAGGAUUUGCAGAAAGCCAGUGAACAUUUAAGCCACAACUUUGCAUUAAUAUCACAGUUAACAUAACCUACACUUAGGGCUGGGCGAUACGGAAAAAAAAUCAUAUCACGAUAAUUUUUUUCGUAUCAGAUGAUAUCGAUAUGUAUCACGAUAUAAAUCAAAUCACUGUUUUUGACAAGCUUAAAAU